CCCAUCUGCAAUCAACAGUUUACAGGGAAUGGAGUGGCCCCUACUUUUGUUAAGUGCCUCCAUGAUGUAUCCACGGUGAAUGGUCAGCUGGUGGUGAUGGAGUGCAGGCUGAGGGGAACCCCCCCUCUGCAGGUCAUGUGGUACAGAGAGGACGAGCAAGUCCUGGACUCGGACGACUUCAGGAUACUGCGCAAGAAGGCCAGCUCUGCAUCAGUGCCAGAGGAGCUGUGUACACUGGUGAUCACGGAGGCCUUCCCAGAAGACUCCGGCCUGUUUAAAUGUGUGGCCCUCAACUCCUUCGGCACGAUCUCCUGCUCAGCUCUCCUGGAAGUUUACAAUGACCUGGAGGAGCAGCUGGAGGUGGAGGCCGUUGGACAGCAGGAAGCGAUUUCUCCCCGGCAGGAAACAGAGGCGGCGUUCCAACAGGACACUUCCUCCUUUGGAGAGAGUGCAGAGGAGGACUUCCCGUCUGAGCUGCCUGACUCCAUGACCCUCCCCCCACCUGAGUGGCCCGACUCCCCUCUGGAAGAGAACAUGCCUCUUGCAGAUUUUCCAGAGCCUCAGCCGGCCAACCACUCCUCUGAAGAGCCCUUUGGUUACAGCGAGGCGGAACGUGCCCUGAGCUCAGGGGGCCAAAGGUCACCAGGGGUCACCGUCCGAGCCUACACGCCCAGCCCUCCACCCCCACCCUCACCUCCACCACCCACCCAAGUCAAGGAUAAAACCCAAGGGCCCAGGCUGUUCAGCCCAACCAAGCUCAGUUUUACUUCCUCCCAGUCGGUAGGCGACAACAUGAACCUUUCAGACCUGCCUACCUUCACUCCCAGUGUCUUCGCUCCCAGCGCCUUCAACUAUGAGCGACCACGGCAUUUCAUCCAAUCCCAGCCGGCCUUUCAGGCACCCAGCUACGACAGUGUUCUGAAAGAGGCCCAGGAGAACCAAAACAACUCCCAGCAGAACCUCGGCAGUUACCAAAAUAGUCCAAAUGUCACGGAGACACAGAGUCAAACUAAAAUGGCAUCCAAGCAAAGUCAGUCUUUUUCUCAGGCUCAGUCGGUGUCCAAGUCCUUGUCACAGACCCAGUCGCAGUUUCAGUCACUAAGCCUCGCUCAGAGCCAAACCCAGUCUGUCGCCCAGAGCAAGGUCCAGGUCCAGAGUCAGGUCCAGAGCAAGGUCCAGGUCCAGAGCAAGGUCCAGGUCCAGAGUCAGGUCCAGAGCCAGGUCCAGAGUCAGGUCCAGAGUCAGGUCCAGAGUCAGGUCCACACCCAGGCCCACACCCAGGCCCAGAGUCAGGUCCAGAGUCAGGUCCAGAGUCAGGCCCACACCCAGGCCCAGAUCCAGGCCCACACCCAGGCCCAGAUCCAGAUCCAGACCCAGGCCAACGGCACGGGCAGGUCCUCCCCUCCUCAUCCAGUCUCAGUUCUCCCAUUUCCGGUCCGGCCUACUCUGCUGCACCUCCUCAGUCCUCCAGUGCCCCCAUGCUAA